UGGUUGGGGGUCACCACAACAUGUGGAACUGGUUUAAAGGGUCAGAGCAUUAGGAAGGUUGAGAACCACUGACAUAGAGGAAGGCGUCCCCGCCCAGGAGGGGAAGUCCCAGGUCGGCACAGGGAAUUCUGGAGACAGAAUCCCAGGUGUGAAGAGGUGGCUUGGUCGGUGGCCCCAAGCGUGUCCCCUGCCUCUCCUGUAUCCCAUGGGUUAACGUCUCACGGGCUAUCCUGUCCCCACCACGCUGCUCUUGUGACUGGUGCUGGGACAAAACCCCUGCCCGUGGCUUCUCUCACUCAGCUGAGAUGGCCAGGUCUCCGCUGAGCAGGGCUCCCCUGGGCACAAAGGGGAAGGGAGGGGCAAGGAUGAGAACAGGCGCCGGUCAGGGGCUGGCUCCGAGGCUCAGACACUCUCCCCGGCUGCCACCACCUCUCCAUAGGCACCUAAGGCUUCCUUCUAGGAGCUGUGUCACCCGCCAGCUCCCCAACACAGAGCCCCCGCCGCCCUCGGCAGCCAGGCUGGGUGCGAGCAGACCCUGGAUGCCAAGGCCCCAGGAAAGCUGGGCUGUCCCAGCCCCACAACCAGGCAGUGUACCUUGCCUCACCCUCCUGCAGGCUCGUUGGUGCCCCUGGGUGGGAGGAGCUGGGGGGAGAGUGUGUUUUUUAGAGUGACUCAAAGGUCACCACAGCGUGAGAACAACCCCCCACCCCCCAUCCACACGGCUUCCUAGACAUGGCUCCUGUGACUUCCUUCUCCGAGGAGAGAUAAGAGAGCGGUUUCAGAGGAGACGUUGACAAGUGGCCACGUGGAAGCCGGUAAGGGACGCAGUCAGAGGCCCCUUCGUGUCUGGGGAGUCGGCUCAGGGAGACGGGGCAGGGCAGGCACUCAGAUAGACGUGGACCCGCCAGCCUGGGGCGCAGUGGGCAUCAGUGAGUGGGAGGGGACCCUGGCCGGCCCCAGCAGAGGCAUCUCGCCAGCACCCAGGGCCAGGGGCCAGUUAGCAAGCCCCAGAGCCGCACUUAGUGGGUCGGGCAAUGCAUUUGGGGCUGUGCAUAGGUUGGUGCUUUAAGGUAAACAUUCCAAACCCUUUAACCCACUGUGUGGGCUGAGGCUCAGCUGUUUCUGUAAAUGACCCCUUUGGGCGGCACAGAGAAGCACCUGAACUAGGUGGCCCUCGAAUAGCAAUCGCCCCGAGUGUCUGGUUCCCAGGAGCGGAGACCAGGUGAGCAACUUCAGGGAUAGGGCCCGAUUCCCAGACAGACACCUGUUCCUCGGGCUGGGGGUGGGCUUCGGGGCACGUGAGGGGCAGGGGAUGCCCUGUGAUCAAUGAACACGUUGCUCUUUCCCUCCUUUCUGCGUGGCCGACCAUCCUGUCGACCUGCUAUCCCUCAAAUAGGUUUGACACAGGUGGUUGUAUGGCGGGGUGCGGGCUGGGAAGGGGUGAUGGAGCAGACAUGAUGCUAUGGGACGUGCUGCAUCUUCUGAGCAGGGAACCUUAGCUUGUCCCCGUGACAAAAGAUCUUUGAUAUGAAGGCCGGGUUGCCCCUGUGCCCAGCAGAGUGGAUGGUUUAUAAACAAGAGGCUGGGAAGUUCAAGAUGAAGGCUCAGGCAGACUCCGUGUCUGAUGGGGACCCACUUCCUGGUUCAUGGAUGUGGGAGGAGCUCUGUGGGGUCUCUUAUAAGGACCCUGAUCCUAUUCAUGCGGGCUCCACCCUCAUGACCUUAUAAUCUCCCAAUGACCCUGCCUCCAUAUACCAUCGUCUUGAGAGGUGGAUUUCAAUGUGUGAAUUUUGGAGGGACACACAGUCUCUAUGCUCUAUGUACAGUAGGAAGAGUAAAUUCUGGUUAAGGUGAGGGGCCUGCCACCAAAGACCACUUCUUGUUCCUCUGUGUGUCCGUUUGCCUCAUUGUCACGGGAUUUUUUGCUAAACCAGCAGAAAGCCAGAAUAGUUCACUGUCAGUGCUCCCAGCGCCUCUCCCACCCCGCGCUACGCUAGCGAUCCAGCAUCCGGUCCUGAGUGAAGAAUGCUGAGCCUUCUCCAAGCCACUCACACGCUCUCCUCCGUCCUCUCCAUCUUCUUGCUGAGGGUCCCUGGCUCUGUGCUUCCUCUUGGCCCAUCUCACUUCCUGAAACGCGCUGAAGAGGGCUGCUUAUCUUGAUGGAGCUUCGUGAGCCCUACGGGACAGGGGAAGGCGGAGUCCUUGAGCGCAUCUGUCUGGGGAACUAAGAGCGACAGCUCUUUCAGAUUCAGCCCACGAAGCUUUUGGGAGCCCAGGGAUGUGUGGCCGGCAGAGGGGCUGGAAGUGAGCCCUGUGAUGGGCUCUCUUUAAGGAGCGGAGGUCCUCCAGGGGCGCGCCCCACCAGAGACCAGAAGGCAUGGGCGAGUUGUGAGUUGUAGACUGUGGCUGCUGCACCUGGACCUCCAGCAAGAGCUGAGCUCCCCGGCACGCCCGGAGCCUGUUUGUGCACCUGUCACCCGGGAGGCUCCUCUGGGAAACCAAGAUGCCUGUCAACAGCACCACCCUGACGUGGGCCAGCAUAUUCUACAUCAUCAUGGAGAUUGUCAUUGGGGUCUGCGCCAUACUGGGCAACGUGCUGGUCAUCUGGGUGGUCAAGCUGAACCGCAGCCUGCAUACCACCACCUUCUAUUUCAUCGUCUCCCUAGCCCUGGCUGACAUUGCUGUUGGGGUGCUGGUCAUGCCCCUGGCCGUUGUCGUCAGCCUGGGCCUCACGGUCCACUUCUACAGCUGCCUUCUCAUGACCUGCUUGCUGCUGGUCUUCACUCACGCCUCCAUCAUGUUCUUGCUAGCCAUUGCUGUGGACCGAUACCUGCGGGUCAAGCUCACGGUCAGAUACAGGAGUGUCACCACUCAGAGGAGAAUAUGGUGCGCCCUGGGCCUUUGCUGGCUCCUGUCAAUCCUGGUGGGGUUGACCCCCAUGUUCGGCUGGAACAUGAAACUGUCCCCGGGGCCCCCCAGAAAUGUGACCUUCCUUCCUUGCCAGUUCCGUUCGGUCAUGAGGAUGGACUACAUGGUGUACUUCAGCUUCUUCACUUGGAUUUUCAUCCCCCUGGUUGCCAUGUGCGCCAUCUAUAUGGACAUCUUCUGUAUCAUCCGGAACAAACUCAGUCUGAACUUUUCCAGCUCCAGGGAGACAGGUUCAUUUUAUGGACGGGAGUUCAAGACGGCCAAGUCCUUGUUCCUGGUUCUCUUUCUGUUUGCCUUGUCCUGGCUGCCUUUAUCCAUCAUCAACUGCAUCAUCUACUUUAAUGGUGAGGUGCCCCAGGUGGUGCUGAACUUGGGCAUCCUGCUGUCUCACGCGAACUCCAUGAUGAACCCUAUCGUCUAUGCCUUUAAAAUAAAAAAGUUCAAGGAGACCUAUUUCUUUAUCUUCAAAACCUGUAUGAACUGCCAGCCCUCGGAUUCCUUGGACCCACAUAUUGAACAGAUUUCUUACCCAGAAAUAGCCCUUAAAGUGAAAAUGUCCCUUGGAGUGCAUUCAAAAAAGAUGAACCGAGAAUCACAGGUGAGGAGCUUGGGUAGAAGUGAUGAGUUCCACGCUGGCUUCAGGUUUAGAGGGGAGCUAGGAAUCUCCUUGCUAGUCUUCCUCUGCGCUAAAGAGGACUUGGGCCUCCAAGAGUGGUGGAUGGACCCGAGGAGUGGCCUCUGGGAUACUCAGAGCCUUGCCAGGGCGAGGCACAGCUGCACACACGAGCAUGUGCCAGCCACGGUGUGCCCAUGUGCUCUUCUGAUUGUGUCCGGGUGGGUUUGUCCAGGAUGGGGAUCUCCAUUCCUGCUUGGGGCUCUGCCCGGAAGCCCAGAAUUUUCUCAGUUGCCCCACUUUAUUCUAUACAUUCACGUCCAUGAAUGGCAUUCCUCCGAUGAGGUACCCUCAUGCCAUGCACAACCUGGACACCUGAACAUGGCAGCAGUGCCUGGAUUAGCCAGUCGUUCCCACUCCCCUGGUUUCUCCAAACAGGAUAAAACCACCCUGAGCAAUAGAUACCUGUUUCUCUUAAACAGAUCCAGGAUUGCUGAGAUCCCUCAUUUCCGGCCAGCCAUGGGGCUCUUCGUCCUGCUCUCCCUGACUGUCCUUUCAGAAGCCAUGGUCAUGGACAAAAAGGUCAAGGAGAGCUUUGUGCUGGACACAGUGUCUGCUGUCUGCAGCUACGGCGCCCACUACAAGGACCAUCUCAAGUACUGGUGCCGAGGCUACUACCGGGACUACUGCAACAUCAUCGCCUUCACACCCAACAGCACGGGCCGCGUGGCCCUGAGGGACACGGGGGAACAGCUCAUUGUCACUGUGUCCUGCCUGACCAAAGAGGACGCGGGCUGGUACUGGUGCGGCAUCCAGCGGGACUUUGCCCGGGAUGACAUGGACUUCACCGAGCUGGUCGUGACUGACUACAGAGGAGCCCACACCAGUGACUUUUGGUCUGUGAAGGAUGCGUCAGGGAACAUGAACAGAAGCUGCAGGGCUUCCAAACCUGUGUACAAGGCAGAUCACUACAGGAUGUCCAUUCUCAUCACCUGCGUACUGAUCACAGGGGUGGGGAUCAUUUCUCUAAUGACUCACUUGUUCAAAAGGAGGAGGAUUCAAAGAAACAGAAGAAGUAAAGGCCUAACUCGAAGCCAGAAAACCAGGCAAGCUGCUUCUGCGUUCGCCACACCUCUGGUAGGUUCCCUCCUUGGCUCUUCUGCCUGAGCUCUGUGCCCCUCAACUACCCAAUCUUUAGGGCUCCCCGUUCCUAACCAGAGAGCAGGAGCUCCAUGCAGGGCAGGCUAUGUGGACCUUUCCUUUCCAAGUAAUAACCAGCUGAUUUCAGCCCUGAAAACAAACUGUGCUGUUCAGUCCCCAGGAAGCCCUCAUGAGAGAGUUGGUAACUUUGGCUGAAGAAACACUCGGCCUGGGUAGGCAGUAGAUCUCAACUCCAUUUCUCCUUUUGUUUCCAACAAAGUAAACUACUCUUUGAAGCCCCACCUCGUGUGUCCAGACUUCAAAGGAACUGGCUCAAACUGGACAGAUGUGACU